GACGGUUCCGAUUUCCCUUGACAGCGCUCUGGGGAAGGGUUGGAGAAAGGAUGAAAACGCCUAUUCUACAGUUUGCAUGCAGUGCCGGGCUUACCUGCCUCUCUGAGGUCAUGGGAAACCCCGCCGUCACCUUGACACCGCUUUCUGGGACGCUACAUUAUCUCCUCCAGUCAUCGCAGGUUCUCUGCCUCCUGAGGGUCUGAGCUUGCCUGAUUUCUUUGUCCAGGACACCAUGCCCCAAGAAAAGUGAUCUCUUCCCCGGCUUUCACGAUGGAGGACUCGGGGAAGACUUUCAGCUCUGAGGAGGAAGAAGCAAACUAUUGGAAAGAUCUGGCUAUGACCUACAAGCAGAGGGCGGAGAAUACGCAAGAGGAGCUCCGGGAAUUCCAGGAGGGAAGCCGGGAGUAUGAAGCCGAAUUGGAGACACAGCUGCAACAAAUUGAAACCAGGAACAGGGACCUCCUCUCAGAAAAUAACCGCCUUCGCAUGGAGCUAGAAACCAUCAAGGAGAAGUUCGAAACACAGCAUUCUGAAGGCUACCGGCAGAUCUCAGCCUUGGAGGAUGACCUUGCCCAGACAAAAGCAAUUAAGGAUCAACUGCAGAAAUACAUCCGGGAGCUGGAGCAAGCAAACGAUGACUUGGAAAGAGCAAAACGGGCCACAAUCAUGUCUCUAGAAGACUUUGAGCAGCGCUUGAAUCAAGCCAUUGAAAGAAAUGCCUUUCUGGAGAGCGAACUUGAUGAGAAGGAGAAUCUCCUAGAAUCUGUUCAGCGACUGAAGGAUGAGGCCAGAGAUCUGCGGCAGGAAUUGGCUGUGCAGCAAAAGCAGGAGAAACCCAGGACCCCCAAGCCCAGCUCGGUGGAAGCUGAAAGGACAGACAUAGCUGUGCAGGCCACUGGCUCUGUGCCGUCCACUCCCAUAGCUCAUCGAGGACCCAGCUCGAGCUUCAACACACCUGGGACGUUCCGACGCGGUCUGGAUGACUCCACGGGUGGGACCCCCCUCACACCUGCUGCCCGGAUAUCUGCCCUCAACAUCGUGGGAGACCUGCUGCGGAAAGUGGGGGCACUGGAGUCCAAACUUGCAUCCUGCCGGAACUUCGUGUAUGAUCAGUCCCCAAACCGGACGAGUGGCCCGGCCUCAGGACGGGGGAGCAAGAACAGAGAUGGCAGUGACAGACGGGCAGGCAGCACCAGCGUGCCUCUGGGUGAUAAAGGGUUGGGAAAACGCCUGGAAUUUGGGAAGCCGCCUUCAAAUGUUGCCUCACCAUCGCUGCCGCCAGCCCAGGGUGUAGUCAAGAUGUUGCUUUAGGAAAGCCACGGAAGCCAAAGCCCCUGGUUGUCUGUGUGGGAGUUGUUACCUUUCUUGCCUGCUUUUCUUUAAACUAGGUUUUUGGUUUCUUUAGGUUAGUUUGAGAAAUAGAAGCCAGCAGUCACACUGGCCAAUGACUAUGGCCAUCCCCUGUGGCCCCUGAUGGUUGUGCCCAUGAAAUGGUGUCUCAUAAUUGCCAGCCUCUUUGUUGGUGUGUUGCAAACGGACGGGGACAAACUGGACCCUCUGGAAAGGGUGUGGAGGCUGCCCCAUCAUUUUGAGCUGUCCCGAGUCCUCAUUGGUCUUGCGAGGUGUUUUUAAUGUCUGGAGAUGCCCUAACAGUGGGAUCUGAGCCUAUCUCUGAGGCUCACUGCAGCCCCCACUCAGCUGGAGCUGCCUUCUAGAACAAAAUCUCCCCGUGUUCUAUGGCCCAGCAAGGAUUGGUGUACUGGCAUCAUGUCUAGGAGCAAGGAGUGGAAUGGGCACUGGCCUUUUUUUUUUUGAGGAAGAUUGGCCCUGAGCUAACAUCUGUUACCAAUCUUCCUCUUUUUUUCUUUUUUCUCCCCAAAGCCCCAGUACAUAGUUGUAUAUCCUAGUUGUAGGUCCUUCUAGUUCUUCUAUGUGGGAUGCCCCCUCGGCAUGGCUUGAUGAGCGGUGAGUAGGUCUGUGCCCAGGAUCCGAACCCACGAACCCCGCCGAAGCAGAACAUGUGAACUUAACUGCUACGGCCAUGGGCCUUUUUAAACUGGUGUGGUGGACCUCCGAGACUUUUUAAUCUGCCUCUCAUUGAGGCUUUUAAGAGGUGUGCUUGAGUUUUAGUGUAAAUUGUGUGUGGACCAGGUAGGUGGAAAAUCGUGUCCUCUUUAGAUCAGUCCUGACCGUUAGUUUUCCUGACCCUGUCGCCCUGGCCUGGAGGUGACCUCCGCUUCAGGACCCUGAAGGUCACUGGGGUGGAAUGGCCUUGGUAUUACAGCCCCCGGAACAGGACUUCAUUCAAAGCCGUAAUGAAAUAUCGGGGUGACCUUCAAACGAGAUUAAACCAUCGGGAUCGUUCUUGGAAGCUUCCUUCUCACAGAAGAAAAGACCACGGGACUUCCAAGGUAGACAGUGGAUAUGCUCAUCCUUGCUUGUUGUGAACUGCUGUCUCUCACUUUCGGAUGCAAGGCAAAAGAACACGUGAAUUCAGGAGCACAGGAGCACGCGUGCAACCUAACAACCUUCCUUUUGUUACUAAGUUAUUUUUCCAAAAGAACGGCGAAAAUAUCCUUGAGUUGAAAAUAGAACUUUUCAAGUGCUACUGAAACUCAACAGCAAAUUAGAAUUAAACUUCAGUGCCCGUUAGUUACCCUAGAAACAUUCUAACCUGUAUCGGUAAAAGAUGUACUUUUAUUUUUUUAAAAGAACAAUAAAAUCAAGAGAAACUGA